AACAUACAGCACUCUCGCAGCGUGAUGGUCGCCAAGGCUGUGGAACCUCUUCACUCGAUACAGGUCCACGGAUAUUUCCUCAUCAGAUUUUAGCGGGUGUUUCAAUAAGGAUUUUUACUGGAUCUCGCGUGCUUCAGAAGGUAUUGAGCGAACGAAUUUAAUUGCGAUACAGGGUAUUGUCACUGUGGCCAAAGAGCUGAACUUCUUCCAUUUAGUAGUGUGUCAUUGGAUUAACGAAUGAAAAGGACAGGUAAAGAGAAUGGUCCGACAAUGACCGAGGAUGACCUCAAACCAAGGUGACCCCGACAACCAAAAAAUAAAACUGGCCAUUUUGGGAGCACCCGGGACAGGAAAAACCUCCAUUGCCAAGCAGUUUGUUUGUAACCAUUUCACGGAAGAUUACGAGCCUACGGAGCAGAGGGAACUGUAUUAUCCGUCAAUUAUCAUUAAUGAUCACCUGUACGACCUUAAAAUCAUCGACUGUCCCUACAUUCCGUACUUUCCGGUGAAUUCUCUAUAUGAGUGGACAGACUUUAGAGGCUACGGACUCAGAAAUGCUACAGCGUAUAUAUUAGUGUAUGACAUUACAUCGGAAGAUAGUUUUCAGUAUAUUAAAACCUUACGUGAACAAAUUUUAGAGAGCAGAAACAUGCAUGAUGUUCCGAUUUUUGUCGUAGGGAAUAAACACGAUUUAGCGGACGAAAGAGGGAUUUCACGAAGAGAGGUCGCCAAUUUAGUUAAGAAACAAUGGAAAUGCGGGUACAUUGAAUGCUCAGCCAAAUUCAACUGGCAUAUCAUUCUAUUGUUUAAGGAGUUAAUGAAGACAAUAGAUUAUAUCGAUCAUGGGCAUAAGCCCACAGCCGUCCGGGUGCAGGCUGCGCUUAGAAGAAAUAGAUGCGUAAUCCUGUGAACAACGAUAUCAGUGCUUUGCUGUUGCCAAAAACACUUUCAUGUAGAAAACCCUCAUCAUUUCGCGGAAUAAAUUUCCGCAUAUGCUCGAUCUGGUCUUUGAUGCUAUGUAUGAAAAACCGAAAGGAGAAAUCGGUAUCCUCAGUUUAGUAAACAUUGGAAUUAAACGAUGCUCACUACAAUUAAAUUGUACCGUUUGUUAAAAAAAAUCAUUGAUUGUGGUUUUUCUCUGAAGAGUUGAUGAUUUGAGAAAGUGCAGGAGGUAUAAGUUAAAUUUCCGUGGUUUCUCAUUGAGGAAUCACACUUUGAAAUGCUAAACGAUAAAUAUUUACAUGUUUAAAUCAGAAAAUGAACUAGAGAUAUGUUUUGUGAGUUCCGUAGUGAGUGCCUUCCAUCCCUAAGAUAGUCUCAAUCAGCAACUACAUGUAUAUCGCAUUAUCUUUA